GGGAGGGAAGGAGAAAGAGGGCUUGGAGGGCGAGAGACGCGCCUUUGCAGGCUCCACGGGGGAAGGAAAAAAGGGGGGAGGCGUGGGCGAGUGGGCUGUCUCGGUGGCCCAUCCUUCCCCCUUCCCUUUCGCCUUCCUCCUCCUCUUCUUCCUCUUGCUUUGCUGCUGCAAAGGCGAGGCGCUGCAAACAGGACUCGCCCUUCCCUGGGAAAUCCUUGCAAAGGAUACAAUAAGAGGGAGGGAUUGGAGAGGCCCAUCAUCCACCAUGGAAGGAGCAUCCUUUGGGGCCGGGCGGGCAGGGGCUGCCGUGGACCCCCUCGAGUUCAUCCAGAGGCCCCAGACCAUCCUCAGGAUCAUCUCUGGGGUCUUUGCCAUCGUGGUCUUUGGCUCCAUCAUCAACGAGGGCUACGUCAACACGGACAAGUCCCCGCUGCUGCGCUGCGCCUUCAACGGCAACGAGAGCGCCUGCAACUACGCCAUCACCAUCGGCCUCAUUGCCUUCCUGGCCUGCAGCCUCUUCCUGGUGGUCGACCUCUACUUCCAGCAGAUCAGCAGCGUCAAGGACCGCAAGCGCGUGGUGCUGGCCGACCUGGGCUUCUCGGGCUUCUGGGCCUUCCUGUGGUUCGUGUCCUUCUGCUUCCUGGCCAACCAGUGGCAGCGGACGGCGCCCAGCAAAGCAGCCUCCCACGCCGGGGAUGCGGCCCGAGCGGCCAUUGCCUUCUCUUUCUUCUCUAUCAUCUCCUGGGUGGCCCUGGCCUUGAAGGCGCUGCAGCGGUUCCGCCUGGGGACGGACAUGUCGCUCUUCGCCACGGACCAGUUCCCGCCGGACCCCAACGCGGGAUACCCCGGGUACCCCACCGGCUCGGGUGUGGAAAGCACGGACACCUACCAGAGCCCCCCGUUCUCCGAGACCUUGGACACGAGCCCCAAGGGCUACCAGGUGCCGGCCUAUUGAGGAGCAUGGCAGGGUCUGCUAUUAUUUUGGGGAGGGGGGUAUCGUCCCAUGUGGUUGUAUAGCAAACGGGAUCCCGGCUGACCGGAAACUGACCCGGCUUCCCUUUCUAUGGUGCAAAGUAUAGUCAACUGGUUGGUCGCGAAAUGUAUUCAAGAGUCCUCUUCUUAGUUUUCUAAAUGUGUGGCAAGUUUUAAACGUGUGCCGGGUUCAACUUUUAACUCUUAGCUCAUUUGGUGAUACAGUGGAUUCUGUACUGUGGUGGUAUUGGUUCUUGUCUUUUACCUGUCCGAGGAUCUUCUUUCUUUUUUUAAAGAGAUAUAUAGACAUACAUAUAAAUAAAUAUAUAUAUAUAAAUAUAUAUACAAAACACAAAGUCAACAGUGUUCCCUCUAAGCAGGACAUUCGAGGACGGUUGCUGCUGCUCAUGGCUGGAAAACGCACAGGAAACGAGCCAUCACUCGGCCAGUUUUUCCAAAAAAAACCCUUCUGUUUUCCACUUUCUUCCCCCAAAUAAGUAGAUGCAUUAUCUUGUCUUCCAGGGAGAACCCCCCCCCCAAAAAAUUGUUCUCUUAAUUUUCAUUUGAGGGAUUUUCUCCUACCUUUGCUCUUUCCUUUUUUAACCAUAGGAAAUGUCACUUGGGUUCCUCUCGUCCCGUCCCCUGUCCCCCCAAAAAAGUGCCAAAAUCUCAAGCCAAAAAUUAAAUUAUGUUACUUUUUAUACAGUUAUAAAAUUCCUGAAACGAAUGAAUCUAGGCUGCAAACUUUAGCUUAAUAUCUGCGUUUUCAGAUGGGAUUCUGGGCUUUAAAAUGUUUCCCCGUCACUUGUUUAAAACACAUUUUUUGCACUUAAGGCAGUGGGAAAACAUUUCAGAUCUGGAACAGCCAUCACUGGAGUGAGAAAUGAAGCAUUAUGGUAGGUCCAGAAGAGCCUAAAAACAGGCGAAGUGGAGCAUCCCGGCUUUCCGACUCAUAUAUUCUUCCAUCUCUAAAGUUAGAAAGAGGUAUUUGAAGCCAUUUUGGAGGAAAGGGAUAAAUAGAAAAGGGCCAAGAAUGGGAAAACCAGUUCCCUUCAAUGGGAAUGGUCUCAAAAUACAUUGAGAAGGAAUGCUGUGUUCCUCAUAUGCAGCCAUUUGACAACCUUUUUAUGCCUUUGUCACACCAAAAUACAGUGCCAUUCUACCCUUUGAAAUAUUAGGGGUAUGUUGUGUGUUUUCCAGGCUGUAUGGCCAUGUUCCAGAAGUAUUCUCUCCUGACGUUUUGCCCACAUCUAUGGCAGGCAUCCUCAGAGGUUGUGAGGUAUAUGGGAAAACUAAGAAAGGAAGAUUUAUGACUGCCAUAAAUGUGGGCAAAACUUCAGGAGAGAAUAUGGCCAUACAGCCCAGAAAACUCACAACAACCCUGUGAUUCUGACCAUGAAAGCCUUCAACAACACGAUUUGGGAUGUUUGUAAGACAUGUCCCUAUGCCCUUAAGGCUGGCUAUACCCCGCCUGGCAUUUUGAUAAAGACAUUUACUAAGUCAAUGGCCAGUGUGUAAACCCAACACUGUAUCGAAAUCGGUAAGUCUAGACAAGUCUAUACAGAAAGUGUUGGAUUGACCAAUCAGCCAUUGAUUGAGUAGCCUUGAACCCAUCUCAAUCACUAUUGAAUCAAUGGGUAAGUUUUGGGGCCAAAAUUAUACAUUUCAAUAUGACCCAUAUAUUGGUUUAGACUUAAAGCUGGCUAUACCUGGCCUAGCAUUUUGCUAAAGACAUGUACUAAAUCAAUGGCCAAUUUGUAAAUCCAACAUUCUGUAUAGACUUCUUGAUUUAUACAAGGGUCAUAUCGAAUUCUGUAAAUCAAGAUUGGUCUCUACAGAAAGUGUUGGAUUUACCAUUUAUUGUACACACUUGAUGUGCAUGUUGACCCCAUGUUUAAGUCAAGGGCAGGUUUGGGGGACAAAAUUAUGAAUUCCUUCCAAAGUUUCUGCAAACCCUAACCUAUGUGUAUGGAGAUGCUUCAUAAGUAUUGCAUAUGAGUCAUAUUAUUAGAGUAAUGGUAGCUCCGUUAAAUAACAUUGGGUACCAGCCUACAGACAACCAAAUUGGCUGUAUUCACAUUUUAGUAUCUGUCCCACAUUCACAAUUUCAUAACAGGACACAACCGGGUUCGAUCUCCAAAACCCCCAAACCUAUAGGGUCUGAAGCUGGAACGGUUUCCGAAACAAACAGGGUCCGAAAGCAGUCAAACUGUAGCAAUAUUUCCCUUAGAGAGAACACUGCCAUCCUAGCGGGGCGACCGUGCGUUUUUCGGUAUUUUUAGGCAACAAACGGAAGCUGUCAUACACCUUAAAUGUCUUUUCUUUCAAUCGAGAUUGUACAAAAUAUAAAUGUCUGUUCGGUACAAGUGUAUUUUUUCUAACUGUAUAAAAAAAAAGAAAUCCAUUCCAGAGUAUCCGUGUAUUUGCCUGUAAAAAGGAGGAGAAAAAAAGGAGAGAGUCCAUGUUCUUCUGUCUGAGUGGAUAGCAGUGUUUAUGUGCUGUAUAUUACCAUUUUGAAUGUAUGCACCUUAUGCCUACGGAUAUAUUCUCUUUUCCAUCCUUGACCCCCAACUCAUUUUUUCUUCUUGGGCCUGAAAGGACUCCAAAGGUAUUGGCUUUAACGGCGCUUUGUAGGAAGGCUUUCUCAUCUGACAAAUAAGGCCUGUCACGUGACUUCCCCAAAGGAUUCUUUUUGGGCCAAGAGGAGAGUCCACUGCUCACCCAGGUCCAGCAAGGUGCCCUCAAGUGGCUUGGACAGCAUCAGGAAUUGUGGAAGUUGCCUAUGGACUGAUCCACUGGCUUAGAUUAUAUCCUUCUGUCAAUGCAUUCAAGGUGCCUGAGGCAGCAGACAGCAUACUGUCUGUGACAUACAAUAUACUGUAUUUACUCAAAUCUAAUGGUCGCCUUUUUUGGCUAAACUACCGUGCCAAAAUUAGCAUGUGCAUUAGAUUCGCGUAUUAGGUUAAUCUUAGUGCUGAGCCAAAGCAAUAGGGGAAGCUGCUUAAGGAGCACCUGGAGCUUCUAUUAGUUAAUUGUCAUAGUUCAAUGCUGUGUAAUCUUGGGAUUUGUAGUUCGGUGAGGCAUCUGCAUCUUUGGCAGAGAAAGCUCAAUGCCUUGCAAAAGUACAGCCCUCAAGACUCAACAGCAUUGAACCAAGGCAGUUAAAGUGGAUUCAUUCUACAGCAUAGAUGCACCCCAAGGUUUCUUUCCCAUUGCUGGAAGCUUUGGUGUUCCAAUAAUUUCCAACUGUUGCAACUGUAAUGGGCAUAUUACAGAGUGCGUCUUCUGUUGCUGUGCAUUACAUUCGUCAGCAAAUACUUUUUGGUUUCAGGGUUUUGUAAAUGGAGAUGCACAUUAGAUUCGAUGGUGCAUGAAACUCAAGUAAACUUAGCCCCCAUUUUCACAGGGGACUUAGCAGCAUGGAAAUGUGAAUUCUACUCAAAAUGAGCUGCUUCUGGAGGAAGCACAUUACAGGAUUGAGCCAGAGGACCUGGGAAAUGGCAUCUCUCUAGUAUUUCCAGGCUACCCAGUGCAGUUGUAUGAUUAGUUUGCAGAAAUAUUCCAUGGAAUUAUGCUGGAGGACCUAGAAAAUGCCUAGAGAGAAUGUGCCUCUGUAUUUCCAGGUCCUCCAGUGCCAACCUUUUGCUUCUUCACCUGAAGCCGUAAAGCCCAUCCUCCCUUUGCUCCACUGAGGAUUUCCAACCAGACUGGUUUGGGGAAAAACCAGGGUUCAAAUCCCUGCUCAAGCCACGGAAACAUUUGGGUGGCCUUCUUUUGGGUGAACAACCUCUCUCACUCUCUCUGCCUCGGAGGAACCUCCAUGAAGUAAAGCCCUGCCAAGGAAUGCCUCACAUGGCCUUCAUGAAUCCAGCCAACCACAGCCUUUAAGGCUGUCUAGCAAAAGUCCAUAUGUCUGCCAAGUCGACUUUCUUUUUAUGCCACAGGAGCAAAAACAGGUUAUUAACCCAGGCCUCCCUUCACACCACCUACAUUCUAGUAUGGGGCUUCUUCACAACAAGGGCCAAACCCUUCUGCCUUUACCUGCGAGAGAGAGAGAGAGAGAUAUAUAUAUAUAUAUACACACACACACACACACACAUGUGUAUAUGUAUAUAUGUGUGUGUGUAUAUAUAGAUAUAGAUAUAUGCAGGGCAGUCCCUCCCACUUUUGCUUCCAAGGCCUCCGCUGUUGCUUGUAAUUCAGAUUAUAGAAAUACAAGAAAGAAAGCAAAAGAGGGAUUCCCUCCCAGCGGCCUGCAGUCUGCUGUGAUGCACACAUCUCCACCUCCUUCGCAUAGCGUCCAAUAAAAUAUACCAAACGUGCAGAUACCUCUCUUCCAAAGCACGAAACUGCUGCUACCGAAAACAACAACAACAUACAGUUGCAGUUGUUAAUCCUCCAAUGUAUACUGUGGUCAAAAAGUGGUCUGUGUAAAAGAAGUUUCUUCUUUCUUUUUUAAUGUUUACAGUUUGUUUUGUUUUUUUGUAUGUACAUAAUGAUAAUGACUAUUCUAGAAAGACAAAAGACCAUUUGGAAAGACAAAAACCACCAAUCUGUGAUUGUGUACUUUUAAUUGUCUGUGAACUGACUGCAACUUAUUUUCCAAUAAAGGUUUUAAGAUUUAA